AGGGAGGGAGGGAGGAGAGUGUGUGUGUGUCCGUGUCCUGGGUGUUUUCUGAGGGCGAGACAGCGGCGGCGGCGGCGGAGGAGGAGGAGAGCCAGGAGAGCGGGGCCAGGCUGGCCGUGUGAGGGAGCGGGGGACCCCCUCUCUAUCUCCCUCUCCCCGUCGCCGGCGAUGUUCCACUGCAUCCCUCUCUGGCGGUGCAACCGUCAUGUGGAGCUGAUCGACAAGCGCCACUGCUCCCUGGCCGCCGUCCCCGACGACAUCUACCGCUACAGCCGCAGCCUCGAGGAGCUCCUGCUCGACGCCAACCAGCUCAGAGAGCUCCCCAAGCCUUUCUUUCAGCUUGUAAAGUUACGAAAACUUGGGCUUAGUGAUAAUGAAAUUCAGCGACUUCCUCCAGAGAUAGCAAACUUCAUGCAGCUGGUAGAGCUUGAUUUGUCCCGAAAUGAUAUUCCUGAAAUUCCUGAAAGUAUCUCCUUUUGCAAAUCACUACAAGUAGCAGACUUCAGUGGAAAUCCCCUCACCAGGUUGCCUGAAAGCUUUCCUGAGCUGCAGAAUCUUACCUGUCUCUCUGUAAAUGAUAUCUCUCUACAGGCAUUGCCAGAAAAUAUUGGAAACCUUUAUAACCUGGUAUCACUGGAACUGAGAGAGAAUCUGUUGACAUAUUUACCUGAGUCAGUUGCCCAACUGCAGAGACUAGAAGAGCUGGAUUUAGGGAACAACGAACUCUAUAAUUUGCCAGAAACUAUAGGUGCACUUUGUAAUCUUAAAGACCUUUGGCUGGAUGGAAACCAGCUGGCGGAAUUACCUCAGGAAAUAGGAAGCCUGAAAAACCUGCUAUGUUUGGAUAUCUCUGAAAACAAACUGGAAAGACUACCUGAAGAGAUAAGCGGUCUGACGUCUUUAACUGACCUACUCAUCUCUCAAAAUCUUCUUGAGGUGCUACCGGAUGGUAUAGGAAAGUUAAAAAAGCUAUCCAUCUUGAAAGUUGACCAGAGCCGGCUUGUUCAGUUAACAGAAGCAGUAGGAGACUGUGAAAGCCUUACAGAAUUAGUUCUCACAGAAAACCAGCUGUUGACUUUACCGAAGAGCAUUGGAAGGCUAAAGAAACUGAAUAUAUUGAAUGUUGACAGAAACAAACUGGUGUCUUUACCUAAAGAGAUCGGUGGGUGUUGCAGUCUAAAUGUUUUUUCAGUACGGGAUAACCGGUUAUCUCGGAUUCCUCCUGAGAUAUCACAAGCUACAGAACUUCAUGUCCUUGAUGUAGCAGGAAACAGGUUGCUGCAUCUCCCCAUGUCACUGACUAGCUUGAAGCUGAAAGCAUUGUGGUUGUCUGAUAAUCAGUCCCAGCCUUUGCUUACGUUCCAGACAGACACAGACCCUGAAAUAGGAGAAAAAAUUUUAACAUGUGUUUUACUUCCUCAAAUGCCUUCUGAGCCUGAUUGCCAAGAUAACCUGCCCCGAUGCGGUGCCCUGGAGAGUUUGGUAAAUGAAAUGUCAGAUGAAACAUGGAAUGAACGAGCAGUAAACAGAGUCAGUGCAAUCCGCUUUUUAGAAGAUGAAAAAGAUGAAGAGGAUAAUGAAAUGCGGACACUUCUAAGGCGAGCCACUCCACACCCUGGGGAAUUAAAGAACAUGAAAAAGACAGUGGAGAAUUUACGGAAUGAUAUGAAUGCUGCUAAAGGACUGGAUUCAAACAAAAAUGAGGUCAAUAAUGCCAAUGACAGAGUGACCACUUCUGUGUAGAGGUUCACGUCCUCCAAGUUUUUGCCUCCUGUGUCUUUCCCCUGCUGUCGAAUCGUUACUGUUGCAUCCUGGGAAUAUCAUUCAAUCAACUCAUGUUUUUUACCAGAAAUUCGACUCAUCUCGUCCUUGUGUCAUUUCUUUGGAAGGUGCUUCUCAUUGGAAGAAAAGUGCCUUAUUUCAGCCCGAGCAUUUGAACACAUGUGUGCACUGAGAAAUACCUCCUACAGUUUUGUUCUUUGCUUGCGCAACUGUUGUUUGUUUGCUGGUGAAUUGUUCCCAUAAUUUCCUGCAUUACCAUUUUAGUAGAUUUUAAAGGUCUUUGUUUGUUUUUUAACCUAGGGGAAUAUACUACAAUCAUGCAUCUCUUUUACACAGGGGAGUUGUCUGCUAUUUUGUUGCGGGGGGCGGGUUGCCCAUAAGGCUUUGGGGUAUUUAUAUAUGGCCCUAUUUGACCUAUGAUGAAAAAAGUAGUAGUUAUACAGAGAACUGAUACUUUUUUUUUACCUCUCUGGCAGCUCAGAUGGUGUAAAUUUUAUAAGUUUGUAUAGAAGUUUCAUAACAAAAAAUGAUGUAUUUCAUUUUUUAAAAAAGAAAUUUUAAACGGUACAUUUUACUAUUUGUGCAGGAUGAAUUUACAAGGAGAUUCACGUUUGUCAUAUCUAUAUGUGCCUUAAUGCCACCUAAAUCAGGUUAUACAGUGAUUUAGGAAUGGUGAGAUUAGUUGAAAGAAGGGUGACUUUCCUUAGAUGACUACCUUGAAAACAAUUAACUUUUAACUUCCCUUUGCAAAAAUUCACGUUUAUUUUAGAAGAAGUAUCUUCAUUCUACUGUGGUGAUGACACUAAGAAGCGUAGAUUGCCACUGCCUUAUUGUACAAUGCACUCACACACUUUUUCAGAAGAAGACUGUCCUUGGAGACAUUGUUCUAGCUGCAGCAGCGUUUGCAGUAACUAGACUUUCAGGUGCCUACUUUUGUAUGUGCCAUGUGUAAACAAAAUUGAACAAAAUGCACAACAGCAAGUGUGUAAAGUUAUGAAAAAUGAAUGUUAUGUACUAUAUGGGCAUGAUAUUCUGAAACAGACUUGGAAGGUUUUAUAUCCAUAAAACCUAAUAAAACACUAAAAAAAAUCAUUUAGUGGCUCAAUAACAUUUUAUUCUAGUACUAAAAUUGCUACUAAGCUUUACCUAUUAUUUAAUUAGAGUUCUGUUUUCAUGUUAACUGCUACUUGAUGUUAAUUCCAAAUAUUGCUUAUAAAUGUGACACAUUUGUUUGUUCUGAAAUGUAAGCAGCAGAGGAUGAUACCAAAUAUUAAUUUACCAGAUGCCAGUUCUUUGAGUCUCCAAUAGAACAGUGCUGUUUUGCAAGCUGUUAGUUCUAGCAACCUCACCAAAGAAUGGAUGAAAGUACAGCCCACCUCCGAAACGAGACUUAAAUUAUUGUCUUUGAGGCAUGCAUGUUCUGUGAUUUUGGUUGUGAUAUAUGAAGAAUUGACCCACAGCUGUUCAACAGACAAUUGGAAGACCUUGACAAUAUAAAGUGUAGAAACCUGGAAGCAGCCAGACUACCCCUGCAUUUUGUAACAUACUUCUGAAAGAUAACCCAGCUGAAAAAAAGUAUUUCUGGAACAUUUAUUUAAAUCUUUGGGGGGGGGGGGGAGAAUCAGUAAAAGAUGCAUGUGUGCAUGCACUAUAAUUGCAGUUCAGGGAAAAAUACAGAACACUCCUCAUAUCUAAUAUGGAUCUCUCCCCCAAUCAGAUGUAAUAGGAAUGAGGGUAUAUAGGGGAAAUGAAAGUACAAUUAUUUUUUCUGUAGAUUUUGGUCCAUAUAAUAUUUAUUUUGCUAUUUGUGGAAAAACCUGUAUGUUCUAUUAAAAGAUCUGUUUGCUUUCAUGUGCCAUAUGUUCUACUGGAGAAGCAGCUUUCAGACAUCAGAACUGUCUUAAUUAAGAAGAGAGAUUUCCACAAAGGGCCUGUUUUCUCACUGCUAGCUUUUUUUUCUUAAAUAAAAAGAUAAAAUCCAUUUAAGAGAGA